GUUCGUGGACGUCUCGGUCAGACAGGUUGGCUGGCUUGGUUCCCUCCUCUGGCUUCAGGAGCAGAACCUUCUCUAUGGCACCGAGCUGGCAGACAAAGAGGAUGUCAGGUGGUGGGCGGAGCAGCGUGCAACUGCACCGUUAGACAGGGAGGUGGAUCCCUGGGGCGCGCUAAAGCU